CUCUCUCUCUCUGUCGCCUCCCUCCUCUCUCUUCUGUGAGACAGAAUUACCAGAAAAACUAUAUACAACGAAACCAAACCAAACCGGAACCUCUUUUUUAUUUUUUUCCCCUCCAAAUCUCUCUGUCGUCACAAUGCCUUUUUGCACGGUUUCGAUGCAGCAAGGCGGCGAAGACACGAAGCUUAAAGCCGGCGACAAUGGAGUCGGAAUCUUUUACAGAACUUACGGUCAGGGGCCCACCAAGGUCCUCCUCAUCAUAGGAUUGGCGGGGACUCACGAUUCCUGGGGCCCACAGAUCAAAGGUCUGGCGGGGACCGAUACGCCCAAUGAUGAUGAAACGAAGACCGGCGAUUGGAACUCAGAGGACUAUGAGAGUGGCGGUGGUAUCCAGAUAUGCGCGUUUGACAACCGUGGAAUGGGUCGGAGCUCCAUACCUACCAAAAAGUCCGAAUACACAACAAAGCUUAUGGCAAAAGACGCAAUUGCUUUGUUGGAUCAUUUGGGCUGGAAAAAUGCACAUAUUUUUGGACAUUCAAUGGGAGCUAUGAUAGCUUGCAAGUUAGCAGCAAUGGCGCCUGAAAGAGUUCUGUCUCUGGCUUUACUUAACGUAACAGGUGGAGGUUUUGAAUGUUUUCCCAAGCAGCUUGAUCGACAAACAUUAUCUGUUGCAAUCCGUUUCUUACGGGCCAAAACUCCUGAGCAACGGGCAGCUGUUGACUUGGACACCCACUACUCAAAGGAAUACCUUGAGGAAUAUGUUGGACCUAACACGAGAAAAACAAUCUUAUAUCAAGAAUAUGUAAGAUCUAUAUCAUCAACUGGAAUGCAGUCUAACAAUGGUUUUGAGGGCCAAGUCAAUGCUUGCUGGACACACAAAAUGACACGAUCGGAAAUUGAAGUGAUCCGUUCUGCUGGAUUUCUUGUUUCGGUCAUUCAUGGCAGGCAUGAUAUAAUUGCUCAACUAUAUUAUGCAAGGAGACUUGCAGAGAAGAUGCAGCCUGUUGCUAGAAUGAUAGAACUUCAUGGAGGUCAUCUAGUGAGCCAUGAGAGAACCGAAGAGGUCAAUCAAGCUCUUCUUGAAUUGAUCAAGGCAUCAGAAGUGAAGAUCAAUCCUCAUGAUUGGACUAAUUUGCCGAAGAAAACCUCUGGGUGGAUAGGUACAAGGAUGGCAUUAAUCAGAGUAAACACAGAGGGUGAAAGCAAUACCUCUCUCAUGUUUUAUUUGCUAUCGAAGCUCCAUCUCUUUGUGUUAUACCUCUUUGGUCUCCUUUUUGUGGUAUUCAACUACGGACGAAAGGCUGUAAGAAGUUUAAAACCAGUUAGAGUUGGGCCUUCUCUUGCAAUAGCUGAUAGUCAAUGAUCCCUUAUUUCUUACUGGGGUUUAUUGAUUUGUCUCCCUUCCAUUACCUCAAUACCAAGGAAACCAGGAUGAUGAAUACACAGGAUUCUUGAAACGACAUUUUUUAACAAGGUGUGAGGACUACAUAUUCGGAAAUCUUCAUUUUUCAAAGCAGUUGGAGGCAGAAAUGGCGGCAGAGUGGACAACCAGUAUUUAUGCGGAUCCCUCUCCCGGUGCCUUCAGUUCAUGUUUCCUUGAAAAUAUUUUGCUGAGAAAUCACUCUGUAUCUGCAAUGAACUCUCCACUCAAAACUCCUUUUUGAGUGCAAUUCAAAAGAGAAAAAAAUUGUUUAUUUG